AUGAGUGAAUAAAAUUAUAUUGAUAUAAAAAACCCUCAAUCAAUUAAUGGUUAAGAUUAAUUUGAUAUUACAUCACCCCCUAAAACUGAUCUUUUGAAAGAUCAAUUAAUAAUACCUACAAAAAGUUGCAGAUAAUAAAAAUUAGAUUCAAAAAAAGAAGAAGUAGAAGAAGAAAAUAAGAGUUCAUUCAUAAAUGAAGAAACAUACAAAUAGAGUUUUGAAGAUAAUACAAAUGAAGAAAUAGAGUUAUUAGAAUUAAAAUCAGAAAAUGAAAAUGAAAAGUUGUUAUUUAUGUAAAGAUAGAAAACCUAAAGCUCUGGAGAUGAUUUCCCUUUUGCAAAUGAUAGUUUUUCAAAAGAUAAAACCUUUUUUGAUAGAAAUACUUAAUGUGUUGGCUAAUUUUCUAACACUUAAGAUUUCUAAUAAAAUGAUAUUGAUUAUCAAUCUCAAUAUCCAAUUCAACAUGAUUUAAUUCAAUAUGAUUAAAAUUAUGAAAACUAAAAUGAAUAUGAAAACAUCAAGCCUCAAACUGAAGCUCCAUAGAGUUUAGAGUAUCAAUCAGAAGGUACUGAUUUAUAUUAUGAUAAUAAUAUACAUUAAAAAAUAUAUUAAAUAAGAAUAAAUAUUAAAAAUUACAAAACUCAAAUUGAAAAACCAAACAACAAAUUUAUCUAAGAAAAAAAAUUUAAAUCUUUUUGA